AUGACGGUCAACUCCAGGCCCCUGACAUACGUGUCCCUGGACGACGAAGAUCAAGAAGCUCUUACGCCAAAUCAUCUGUUGCUUGGCUCAUCAAAUGGAGAAAAACCGAUUUGCGAUCCGGAACAAAUCGACUAUAAAUGGUCGUUCCACCAUAGUGAGAUGUUCGCCAACCUAUUUCGGAAGCGCUGGGUUAAAGAGAUGCUACCAAACAUAACACGAAGGUCCAAGUGGCAUAAAAAAGUAAAGCCAAUUGGUGUAGGCGACAUCGUACUUAUAGUGGACGAAAAUCAGCGUCGUAAUACCUGGACAAAGGGUCGAGUGGUCGAAGUGACCACCGCAGAGGAUGGUCAAGUCCGCCAGGCGAAGGUACCGACACACUUAGGUGUCCUCUCCAGACCAGCAGUAAAGUUAGCAGUCCUCGAUGUCGGGCUCCAGUGGCUCGCUUGCUGGGAGGGGAAUGUUGCCGAAAUUCGGGCCUGCGAAUAA